CAAAGCUCGUACAUUGCCCUCUCCAGCGAUUCUGAACAGGGUCUCCAGCUGUUGGUCUCGGGCGAAGUGACUAUUGAAGUCCAUGAACAGUGCGUGUAUAUGGCCCGACUUGAUGCCGAGUUAAAACUCCACAUCGUAUACAAACGGCCCUUCAAGUCACACUGCAAUGCUUGCCGAAACUGGAACCAUCAACUGGCGAGCUGUCAGCUCCUCACUCAACCAACGACUCUCGCUUAUGGAAAACACACAUUUCCCUUUUCAGUUCUGAUCGAAGGAGACCAUCCAGCCUCGAUGGACACCUCACUCAUCUCGGUCAAGUAUGGCCUUGCAACUGAGACACAGUUCGCCCGCCACGAAGCCGCUUCUCUCAAGACGGCCAAGAACGAACAGGCCAUCAUUGUCAAGCCUUCACCUCCCGAUCCUCGAAGUUCACAACGAACGGUGACCACGGUCGACCCAAUCACGAUCAUUACCCAUCACGAGCCCGUUAUAGACGCUGAGAACUCCAACCGAUUCUCUUUCGAGCUAGAGGGAUUGAACGGUUCUGAUGGUGCCAUUGGGAACCCUCAAUCAUGGAAGCUCGAUGAGAUCAAGUGGCGUAUAGUUGAGACAACAAAAACGACUCAACCAGCGUGUGAGAAGCACCGUCUCGCUUCCCUUUCGGACAUGGGUCGAGUGAUGCGGAUACGGGACACGCAAGUGCUUGCGAAGGGCGGAAUAAAAGAUGGCCGGGCACUCGAUGGUACUAUUGGGAACUCAAAAGGGAACAUGGGGUUUGACUAUACGAUCAAGAACCGGCAGCCACAGAAAGACGGACCAGGGUUUGCAUGCGAUAACAAAUGGGCUGGUGGCUUUGAGAUUUCGCACCGGCUCCAUGUCUGGUUCUGUCUAUCGCUGGAGCGGUCCCAAUCGGCCAAAAAGGGAUCCACAGAACGGGUCAUGCGUGUGUCCUACGACGUUGUACUCACGGACCCUACGAGCAAGGAUUUGGACUGUGACCCUCAUGUGCCACCCACGUAUGAAGAAGUCGGCGGUUCACCACCAGACUAU